CAUUUGCCAGAAGAAGUUCCUGCCCUAAACUUCUUCAUGGCAAAUGAGAUUGAAGAAUAUGUUAAAUAUGACGAGCAAUUUAUCACAAAUUGUCGAGGAAUGAGGCUCUUUACAUGUCAAUGGACUCCAAUAAAGGAAGAACCAAAAGCAUUGAUCUUCAUAUGCCAUGGUUACGCCAUGGAAUGCAGCAUCACCAUGAAAAGUACUGCAAUUCGGCUUGCAGAAGCAGGUUUUGCAGUUUAUGGUAUAGAUUAUGAAGGCCAUGGAAAAUCAAGCGGAUGCACUGCUUUUGUAGAUAAUUUUGAUCAUAUUGUGCAUGAUUGCUCUAAUCAUUUCACAAGUAUAUGUGAGAGGGAGGAGUACCGAAGGAAGAUGAGAUAUUUGCUGGGAGAGUCCAUGGGAGGAGCAGUGGCUCUGCUCCUGCACAGAAUGAAGCCAGAGUUUUGGGAUGGUGCAGUUCUGUCUGCACCCAUGUGCAAGAUUGCAGAUGAUAUGAAGCCACCUCUACCAGCUAUUCUUCUUAUGAAAGCAGUUUGCAAGGUGGUUCCAACUUGGAAAGCAGUAGUGAUGCACCAAGAUAUUGUUAAGAUCGCCUUCAAGGAAGAAAAAAUAAGACACCAGGUUAGAGAAAACCAGUAUUGCUACAAAGGGGCGCCUAGAUUGAAGACCUGUUACGAGCUUCUGAGGGUUAGCAGCAACCUGGAGGAGAGCCUUCAAGAUGUUACAUUCCCAUUUUUAGUUCUUCAUGGUGGGGAGGACAGGGUGACAGACAAACAGGCCAGCCAAAAGCUUUACGAUGUGGCCUCGAGCUCGGACAAGACUUUGAAACUGUAUCCCGGAAUGUGGCACGGUCUGCUGUAUGGAGAGCCAUUAGAGAACACCGAUGUUGUUUUCAAGGACAUUAUUGGUUGGUUGGAGGAAAGAACCGCCCUUGGAAAUUCAAGGUUAGAGGAGGAACAAAAACUUAGAAAUGAUGAGUCGUUAAAACAAGAAGAAACUACUCCUCCGACCAUUUGACUCCUGCAGAACUUCGAAUCC